CACGAGUAUUUGUGCUAACCCUGUCCAGAACCUGGUUAGUCUUACAAUUCUCAUGAGCGUAUCUCACGAACCUGAUUACGAAUAAAUUUCCCUAGCCUUACCGACUUUCGGACAGCCUCGCCCGACACCCGCAUUUUAGCUCAGAUACGACCAUCUCCAGCUCCCAGGAACCCGAAAGCAGCCCAUCGAGACCCUUCACCAACCAGCGAAGCUCCAACCCUCACCUGCACCUCUCCACUCCCUAUACUCGCACACAAUGGCGACACACAUCCUACCGAAAAUGUCACUACGGCGCUGCACAACAGCCACGGCGUCGGCACCUGCAGCACGAACCGUCUUCCAGCUUGCUCACCAACGCGGCGCCCCUCCAAUGCUCGACUUCCUCCUCCCAAGCAUACCUACAGUCGCCCCGCGCAGCAUUGCGCGACAAGCACCGCGCUCGCUCUCGAAGCUUUCUAGCUCGCGCCCCUUCACGGCGUCAGCACUGCGCGCAACGACCGCCAUCUACAAUCCGCGGAAAGAUGACGAUGGGAAUGAUAUGACCAUUGAAAUCACACCUCGAGCAGCGAACCGCCUCAGCCAAAUCAUAGCCCGCGACCAAAACCCCCGCCUCGCCCUGCGCAUCACCGUCGAAUCGGGCGGGUGCCACGGCUUCCAAUACCAAAUGUCACUAACCAACGUCCCCGCGAUCGACUCCUCAACCUCGCAACCCGUGGCCAUCGAGGACGCGGUAGCGAACGACAAGAACGCGCCUGCGUUGGAUGAGGACGAUACGUUGUUUGAAGGGGAGAAGGGGGCGAAGGUGGUGAUGGAUGGGCCGAGUCUGGAGUUGUUGAAUGGGAGUAAGGUGGACUUUACGACGGAGUUGAUUGGGAGCCAGUUUAGGAUUGCGGAUAAUCCGUUGGCGACGAGUAGUUGUGGGUGUGGGACGAGUUUUGAUAUUAAGAUGUGAGGAGGGGGGAUGGUUGAUUGCUCUAAGUGUGGGAGUUGGGUAUGGCUUUGUGUACUCUUAUGUAGCAGCUAGGUUAGGGAAAAUGGCUGAGAAAGAGGGGCGGAAUGUAUUAUAUAAAACGUGCGAAGAACCAUGGGUGGAGAAAAGAGAGAGAGAAAUGGGACGGAAAUCGGAAAUCACGCGACUACAUCGCUGAAAAUUUAAAAAAUUGGAUAUCAUAAAAAAAAGGUC